UCUGGCUAUAUAUAAAGCAUCAAAUUUGGCUAUAAUAUAAAGUACAAAAUUUAAAAAGAGAGAGUAGAGAAGAGAACUUACAAGAAAAUGGCGUAUUACUAUAUUGAAGAAGAAGCUUGGAAAUGUCCAAAACACCCUUCAAAGAAUAAACGCCGAACUGGAGUUUGUUCAAUUUGUCUCCGUGAUCGACUCUCCAAACUUUGCCCUAACUGCGCUAACGUGCGCCCUUCUUGUACUUGCACUAACGUGCGCUCUUGCUCUGGUUGCACUAACGUGCGCCCUUGUUCAAAUUGCGCCUCCUCCGCCAAAAUCAACGGCGGAGAUGAAACGGCUUUAUGUAAGUCAAAAUCCGUCGGAAUUCCGUUUUUAAGAAAGGUAACUGUUAAUUCCGGUGAACAGAAGAGCACUAACGUGCGCUCUUGUUCGAAUUGCGCUAUCGUGCGCCCUUGUUCAAAUUCCGCCGCCUCUACGACGUCGUCAUCUUCUUCCGCGAAGAUCAACGGCGGAGAUGAAACGGCGUUAUGUAGGUCAAAAUCCGUCGGAAUUCCGUUUCUAAAAUCGCGAAAUGCUAAUUCCGGCGAGCGUAAGAGCACUAACGUGCGCCCUUGUUCGAAUUGCGCUAACGUGCGCACUGAGCCGUCAUUUUUCCGAUCAAAAUCCGUUGGAAUUCCGUUCCUAAAAUCGCGAAAUGAGAAGAGUACGAAAACGGCGUCGUUUUGGUGGAUAUUUAAGUCAAGAAAAAGGAGAGGAAAAUUAGAGAACGAAUUAGAAGUGAAAGCAAACGGUGUAAAUGAUAAGUUAUACUGCAAUGAUACUAUGAGAUCGAGAUCGAGAUCGGUGAAUGUGGCGGCGAUGACGUCACUUUCCGGCGGAAAUGACGUCAGUUAUUCGCCGGAAAAGUUGAAAGGAUGGUAUUUGUUAAGUCCGAUGAAAGUUUUCCGGCAAUGUAAGGCGCCAAAAUUGGUUAACUUAAAAUAGCC